CUUUAUGUGUUGAACGGAAGUUGUACUGGAAUGCCACUGGAGAGAGGUCCCACCUGCUGUGGAGUCUUCAGCACUGACAACAGCAAUGGGACCGAAAACUGGGAAACAGAAGUUACUAAAAAUAGAUCCAGAACAAGCUCCUGAAGUCUUGGAAGAAGUAGAUGUGGUCGAAAAGGAAGCAGAUCCUUACGAAUCUCUACGCUACACUCCGCAAAAAAAGGUUCAGAAAUGUAAGCUGCAGAGCCAAACCAGAUAUGUACCAGUCCGGAAAAAGCCUAAGUUGGCAGCGGUGUCUAUUGCACGCCAGGACGAUGACUCUACAGAGGAAGACGGGUGCAAGAAACACAAAAGUUUCUCAGCUCAAGACGCUGUUCGUGCUAGCUCUCUCUUGAUGUCGGCAAAGAAAAAUGAAAAGUAUCAGCUGGAGAUGGACGUUAUUAGCGCUCCGCCUCUGACUAAGUGGGUGUCGCCCAGUGAACUUCCACUUCUUCCUCCGCCCGUUCAGGUGUUGACACGCAGAAAGCCGCUGGCGUCCAGUGUCAGGCAACUGAUGGCCAAGAAAAGUCAGCUACAAGCACGGAACCUGGAUCACUUCGUUGAAGUGAAAGAAAAACAAAUUCGAAUGGAAAACUAUCUAAUGGCUGCUACGGGGAAAAAUAGGUCAAAUCUGCUUGUACGUAGGCAACAACUUCUUCCAAAAAUACCGCCUGCAAACUUAGAGCAGCCUCUCAUACGCUUGGAGAAAGCUCUACCGCCCGUCAAAGAAUCAGCGGUCACCCUUUUUGGAAUGGCCGAGCACAUGAAGCUGGAAAAACGAGGUAUCUGCCCGAGACUGACCAAGAAGCAGCAAGGGUACUCGAUGGUCAGUGAAUGGGUGGGCUGCCCGGAAGUGACCGAUGUGAUCUUCCAAAAGCUAGGCUUUGGUAACGAGGACGACCAGGAAGAAGAGUACAACUUUGGUUCCGUCCCGGAGGGUGAGAGGUCAGAGUACGUUCCUCAAAUUGAAAAGCUAGGCUUGGUGGGGGAUGUGAGCCCAGUUUUUGUAGGAAAAGCGAGGCCCAGUGUACCUAAAAUUAGAAUGACUGUACAGAUUGCUAGUUUGACUAAAUCCCAAGAAACCGGGUACAACAAGCACAGUAACAAACAUUUCACUGCAUCGCACCACUUAGAGAGAGCAUCCAUUUUUUCAUAUGGCUUCGGCGAUUCUGAAUCGAGUGUUGGCUUAAUUAUAGGCGACUCUGUUUUAUCCUGGUCUGUCGCACAGGAAAGCAGGAUAAGGUCCGAGAUCAUUGAAGUGGGAUGUACCGCCGAUCUAGGCAAAAAUGAAAUAUGCUCCAUAAAACUGACAAAUACUGGAACCACGGCCAUUAAUUACAAAUUUGUCAGGAAAGAUCACAAAGACGCAUUUGACUUGAAAAAAUAUCGCCUGACUCGGUUUAUCAUAGAUGGCGAUAAUAGAGUCAUUCUGCCUGGAGAGACAUUCCAGGUUCCUGUGUUGUACAAAGGAGUUGAGCCCGGUUAUUACACCGAGGACUGGUGUUUACUGACCCGGCCGGUGCUGGAAAACGGGGCGGAAAUUAUACUCCGCCUCUGGGGAAUCACACGAGGUUUCGACAGCUUCAUCAACGAGCGAGAGCUCAUAGAAAAAAUACUCCACAAAAGAGAAACAAUUGCGGUAGUUCAAGACAGAAUAGAUAAGAUAUUAAAAAACCUACCUUUAAAAGAGACUAUUGCAGUUGAUGACCGUUUCCAACAUGAUAUGAAAGGACCUGACCUCUUUCGCUUCCACAAUCCCGGCUUGCACUAUCGCAUGCCGGAAGUCUUUCGGCUUGGAAAACUCUUGGAGAUGCUGGACGUCCGGAAGACGAAGCCGAUGACCCCGAAAAAGUUAGCCAACAAAAGCGAGUCGCUGAUGGACAGUCUGAGUAACUUGGAAGCUUCGAUUCAGACAUUCUUUGUGGACCCUGCGAUUUCCUUUACGGAGGAAAAAGAGCAUGAAGACGACAACGAGGACGAUGAAGUGGAAGACGACGACGAAGAAGAUUAUUUUGUUAAUGAGCAAAUGCCGAUUAUGUUCGAGCCAAAAAGCUCAGUGGCGCUCAAUGCAGCGCCUGGCAAAAAAUCCACCAUCGAUAGCUGGCAAACUUACAUGCUAAGGAAGAUCAAUGCAGAAAUGAAAGCGAAGUCAGUAAUGUUCACAACUUCCAGUGAAUACUUUGGCAAGUCUGCAAUUCUGCAUUCAUCUCUCAUGAAUAUAGUAAAUUGCGACAUUUCUGUGGAUGAAUUAGAGAACAGAAUUCUGGACGAGGUAGAUCUUUUAGAAGAGCAGGAAGCAUACUUCAAUGUGAUGUCACAGCAGACGUCCAGACUUUGUUUUAGUACUGACACGGCUGUUUCUGAUGUGAGCUCAGGGGUCGCCUUAACAUUAUUAAUGAAUACUAUAGAUCGUUUCUGUGAUUUCGCUACAAAAGUCAAGCUCCAGUGCUGUGAAAAUUUAUUCCACAAUACAAUCAGAAAAGCCAACACAGACAGCCAGAUCUCAGUCCUGGAUCACAUGGAGGACAGCACGUUAGAAGUGCUACUUGAAGGAGAUGGGGAGAAACUGGAUGCUGCCUCCUCGUCCUCAAUAGCCAAAGGGGAAGAUGUAUACGAUGUUCAAGGCGACAACAAUGACAACAAUGUCACUUGCGAUGACUUCAUCCCAAGAAAUGACAUGGAACCCAAAAGUUAUAAAGCCCAUUAUUACGACAAGAUCUACACCAAGAUGUAUCUUCUGCUGUGUGACUACUUCGACUCACUGGACCUGCUCCUGUCUCACUUGUGUCAGAAGAAAGACAAGAGAGGUGACACAAGUACACUGCUGCCUGGAAUUCAAAGGGUAAGCAUAAAGGCCAAUAAGAACGAGACCCAAGCCCUGCUAAGCGCCCCGUUACCCCCAAGCUGGGUAAGACUGGCCCAAAAAAUGGACUUGGUCUCAAAUCAGAUAAACAACACUUUACGAUUGUCCAAAACAUCCCAGCAAUGAGCAAUGAGCAACAUAUGAGCAAUCAAAAAAGAAAGGAAUCAACGAAAGCUUUGCUACGUUUUGAAUCCUGUUUUUAUACCUUUUAGUUUUUACAAUGUUUAUUUUACAUCUUUUACAAUUCAUGUUUUUAAAUGUCCAAAUGUACUCUGUGUGUAAAACAAAUAAAUGAAAUAUUAUCAAAUACAA